CCCACUCGAUAAAAGAUUUUUUUGGCAUUGGAUCAAUACUCACUCGUGUUAUGCAAUGUAGUAUCUUGCCUGCCCUGGCCUUCUCCCUGGAUAUGUUCGAGAAGACUCAUCAGAGCUACGGCGUCAAUGAAGUCCUCUUGGCAUCCGUUCUGGGGUCUGUGGUGUUCUCUCUCUUUGCAGCACAGCCGUUGGUGAUUGUCGGGGUUACCGGUCCCAUCACUGUCUUCAACUACACAGUCUACGAUAUCAUUGCACCCCGGGGCACCAAUUACCUUGCUUUUAUGGCUUGGAUUGGGAUUUGGUCGUUGAUCAUGCAUUGGUUCCUUGCGAUUACCAAUGCUUGCAAUGGGUUGACUUAUGUCACCCGCUUUUCGUGCGAUAUAUUCGGAUUCUACGUUGCCUUUAUCUAUCUCCAGAAGGGUAUUCAAGUCCUCACUAGACAAUGGGGAGCUGACGGAGAGACAUCUGCCUACUUGAGCAUUAUGGUCGCUCUUCUUGUCCUCAUGAGUGGCUACGUUUGCUCAGAACUUGGUCAGAGCACCCUCUUUUUCAGAGUCGUCCGGAAGUUCUUGGAGGAUUACGGUACACCCCUAACUAUUGUCUUCUUCACGGGCUUCAUCCAUAUUGGUCAUAUGAGGGAUGUUCAUGUUGCCACGCUGCCGAUCAGCAAGUCAUUCUUUCCAACUGCUGACCGUGGGUGGUUGGUACGUUUUUGGGACAUCAACGUCGGGGAUGUUUUUCUUGCUAUUCCCUUUGCUCUUCUACUGACUAUUCUUUUCUACUUUGACCACAAUGUGUCGUCCCUAAUCGCCCAAGGGACUGAGUUUCCGCUCCGAAAGCCAGCCGGUUUCCACUGGGAUUUAUUUUUAUUGGGUCUAACUACGUUCGUUGCUGGAAUAUUGGGCGUUCCAUUUCCCAAUGGGCUCAUUCCACAAGCGCCGUUCCACACGUCUGCUCUCUGCGUCACACGCGAUGUUGCUGAUGAAGACGAUACGAACAAAGGCAAGACGAUCCGUGUUACUGACCACGUCGUGGAGCAACGAGUCAGCAACUUAGCCCAGGGUCUUCUGACCCUCGGAACCAUGACCCGUCCGCUUCUCGUUGUCCUGCACCUUAUACCACAGGGCGUUUUGGCUGGUCUCUUCUUCAUAAUGGGAGUCCAGGCAUUGCAGGGGAAUGGAAUUACUCAAAAGCUUAUCUUUUUAGCCCAAGACAAGAAGCUCACCCCAGCAUCCAACCCUCUUAAGAGGCUCGAUCGCCGCCUUGCCCUAUGGGCCUUUGUCAUCUUGGAGUUAAUCGGCUUCGGAGGCACCUUCGCAAUCACUCAGACCAUCGCAGCAAUUGGGUUCCCCGUGAUAAUCCUGCUUCUCAUUCCGGUCCGCGCAUUUCUCUUACCGCAACUUUUCACCCGAGAGGAACUCUCGGCCCUGGAUGGUCCUACCUCUAGCCCGCUCACGAUGGAAAGCGUUGGAGGUACUUACGGUCAUAAUCCGGAAAAUUCAUCCGGCCACAUUUCGCAAGAUAAUGCAGAUCAGAGAUCUGGCCAUGGUGUUUUCGGGGGAGACACCCUGAUCGCCAGCCGAUAUGAUCACUCAGACUUUCCGGUUGAUGAUGAAUUGGAAAGGGGAGAGAGUUAUCAGCUUCAAUCGAGGUACUCUUUCCGGAGAAGGAGUAUGACGAGUAAGAAUUCGUGAUUUCUGGUUGGAUUAAAUGUUUUGGAGAUACCUGAUGAGGUAUAAUUAAUACCAAGUAGUAUAGUUUGGCAAAAAAUAAAAGAAUUCUUGGAUGUAUAUAAUCUUCUCUUUCUCUUUCUUCCGCAUUGGAAAUAUUGACGAAUUUCCUAUUCGAGACAUCCAUAUCGAGACCCGAUAAGGAUGGUCAUGUGGUUUUAUCUCACCGCCCCUUGCCGCAUCACAUUUUCUGCCGAAUAAAUUCAUUG